AUGAGGAAGGCGAUGGUCAUACCGGUGAUCCUGCGGAUCAUUGGAUUCUACGCGAGCUGGAAAAUCGACGGAGGAUCAAGUGCGUCGUCAAGGUUGAUCCUUCUGGAGUACGCGAUGCACAUCCUGUCGUUGUUGGCGCCGCGGAUAACGACGGAAUUUGUGAAGCGGAAGGGCACACUUGCAUUACUGGCGACGGUCGAGCGAGUUUCGCACGAGAAGUACGGCGAGCACCUCGCGAUGAUAUUCACGAGGACGAUCUGUUCGAUAGUCCUGCGGAACGACGCGCUGUUGCUGGAGGACUUUCGGAAGCAAUUUCCAUUGUUCAACAAUGAAUUGUCCGAGGCGAACGUUCUUCUUCGGCUUUCAGAACUAAUCAGCGACAUCGUGGCUCUGGAUAAGCUUACGACGAGGAGGCAAGGAAUCCUGACGCUGCUGCUGAUCGCCCUCGAGGGCCUCGUGAAAAAACAGACAUCUGUUCAACAGAUGUACGGCGAACGGAGCGUCCAGCUCGUUAUAGAGAUCUUCGCCAAGUGUUUGCAUCAGAAGAAGGAUGACUUUCAAGUGGACCAACGGCUCCUGUUGGCGAUAGGCUGCUACGUUUGGGAGUGCGUGGCGCGGUGUCCAGCGAACCUGCAGAUUUUCCUGCGGAACGGCGGCCUGUACGCCGCGCUGGACGUAAUCGAGACAGCGAGCUACCCUGUGAAAUGUUUGUAUCUCGGCGCGCUGACCGACAUGUGCGACGGCACCUUUUGCGGACCGUUCCUCUGUACCUGGCGAGGCGCCGAUAAGAAGACAGGACUGAUGUCCUUGCUCGCGGCUAUCUGGCGGGAGGAGGAGGACCGGAUCGGCGUUAAGAGACGCGCCGACGAUCGCGAGUUGCCUCAGAUGGGCAGCAGGCAGCGGGCGGAUACGUACAGCUCGAAGCUCAGCGCGGACUCCAGCCCCACCAUAGUCGACAUGAUCGGCUCGGUGCGGUCGAAGAUCUUCAGCAUUGCGAAAAUUAUCGAGCGGGACGGCGCGAGAUACGAAAUCGCUGACAAGCACUACAAGAUUCUUCUGGACGCGCUGCCGACGGAGGAUCGCGUGACAAUGUGCUGCGUCAACGAGUACCUGCAGCUGAAGCUCGGCCAGAUGUGGGCGGAGGUCGCCAGGUAUCUGGAGCAAGCCGGCAUCACGCCGUUGAGCGUGGACGCCCAGCUGAUCUCCAACAUGGUGCAAUGGCACCGCUCAUGGGGUGCAUUCAUCGAGGAGAGCCAGCGGAGGCUGACUUCGGCGGCCGAGCGCGCGGAGGAGAUCCUGGAGAAGGAGGAGUUGGCGAGGAUACGCGACGCCAGGCUGGCGCCGAGCCUGGAUGCGCUGGACCAAGUGGAGCUGAUCCGUCGCACGGCCGACAGGUCGCAUAUGCUGCGGAUGAAAGAGCGGCAGAGGCGACAGGUGAACGCGGCGUUACGUUUCCCUAGCGACGCCGAUGUCAAGCGAUGCCACCGGACGUUCGCGGAGCGAGCGAAUUUCACGGUUAUACUCGGCCAGCAUCAAUCGAUCGACACGUCGCACCUGAUGGAGACGAGCUGCGACCUCGACGAGUUACCCUCUGUCUCGCCCCCGGACCCUGACUCGCCCUACGGAGAAACCUUCCCCUCGCUCGACGGCGCUUCCGCUGCUUCUCCCUCUCUGUCUUACGGACUGGCGGACGACUGCUGAAGCCGCCCGCGGAGAAUCGAUAGGUCUCGUGUCCGCGCCGAUUGCCAGACGAUUGUUGAGACAAACACGUCGCCGCGUCAGUCGCCGCGCAAUGUGUAUAUUCUUCCACUGCCUGAUGUAACGGCGCGCCUUUAUCUUGCUGCGAUAUUACAGUUGUCUUCCUUAUCAAUGCAAGUCAACAAAGUAUUAUCUCCGUUGAUUCCAAUCAAUUUUAAUCUCUCGCGCACAAAUGUUGUCAAGAAAUAAAUUUAAUAUAUUCCAAAGACACUGGAAGCCACCGCCGGGUUUUAUCUUAUCUGCAGACGUUCGUGGCACACUUCCGCUCAAUGUCAAUGUCACGCGGCUUAUC